AUGGCGACGGGCGGCGGCGGAGCCGGGGCUGGCCCCGCUCCUGGUCCCGCUGCGGGCGGAGCCGGCGCGCUGAGGGGCCCGGCGCUGAUUUGGGCGGAAAACAAGAGGCUGAACAAGGGGUCGGAUACGGUGGAGAAAAGGGGACCGUACAUCAUGAGCAAACCUCCCUCCAUUCAGGCCAAGCUGAAGAGGCAGCGGGAGCUGAUGAAAGCAGCUCUGCGAAGGCAGGGGCUGCUGGGGGGACCCGCCACCCUGAAACCGGCGCCUAAAAGGUCAGUGAAGUUUAACAAGGGCUACACUGCGCUCAACCAGACAGCUGAUGAGAACCUGGUCUCCCUCGACUCAGACAGUGACGGGGAGCCAGGAUCCAGAUGUUCCUCGGGAUACUCCUCCGCCGAGGUGAACCAGGACCUGAGCCGGCAGCUGCUGCAGGAUGGGUACCACCUCGACGAGGUCCCCGAUGAUGAAGACCUGGAUCUCAUUCCCCCAAAACCAGCUGCCUCCUCUUCUUGCCCCUGUUGUUUCGGGGAAAGUCUUUCGUGUGUGAUCCAAUAGCUGCACAAGAAGAGGUCAAAAUCCAGCACUUUCUUUGUCCCACGGGAUGGCUGUUGCUCUCUGUGUCCCAUGCUGGGAUGGUGACACAAUGACUGAAAUACUCUGCUUAUGGCAGAGACCAACUGACCCCAAAGGACUUUUCCUCACACUCAGCAAUAUCAGGAAGAGGUGAUAUGGUGACAUUUUGGUGGUCUGGAUGGGACCUCUCACCUGCUGGGGUGGGAAAGAAGAGGCAGAGCCUGGCACCUCCAUGGGGGUGUAAAGGGAAGGAGUUCGGAGGUACUGGGUUUGGAGCUAAUGCCUUGUUCCUGUUCUCCCCAGUGCUGCUUUGAUGCAGGUGGGGGACUGUCCAGACCCCCCAUACCAGAUCCACACAGGGUUUGGAUGUGGGGGGCUGGGGACUCUGCUGCAAACCUUAAAAGCUGCCUUAAACCAUGGUCCUGCUCCACAACCUAGAGGACAAUCAGCUUCUUCAAUACAGAAACCUUAUUUAAAUAUUUCAUGUCUAGAGACCUGAACUAUUGGGGUCUGUUUGUUUGUUUGUUUUGUUUGCUUUUGGAGUUUUGCUUUUGUAUUUUAAUUGUUAAAGGGAGCACUCAAUAAACUGGAUCUCAU